GAAAUGAAAACACAUGCUUUGUAUAGCCCUUGGGUUAGCCCAGAUGGCGGAAUAGGUCCGGGUUCCGGGUACUAGGUUCGAUUCUCUUUAGAAAAAAAAAAAACACGUUAUUAGAAGUAUAUUCUACACUUUCAGAUCUGCGAACAUAUAUCAUACGCAUUGAUACACAACAAAUUGGGUAAAACGUUCAUUUUCUCCCUUCACUUCACACACGAUUUCAAUGAGAUAUUUUUAGAUACAUUUGUUUAUUGGUUUUAAACAGUUAAUAUCACAAAAAGAAAUUUGAUGACGCGACUUAAAAAUGUCAAAAAUACUCAGUCGACGUGUAGAAUGUGAAACAUGCUCAGUCGGCAUUAAACGACACAGCAGCCAGCCUGGGCCAUUUUAUAGUUAUAAAAAUCAAGAGGACCUAAUAGUAAAAGCCCAUUCCCAAAAAUCCGAUAAUUGCAGAGAAGAGAGCCUCUCUCUGUCUCCUCUCUCGCGCCCUGUGGUUGUGGACAGUGGAGCACAUACACCCGCGCCCACACCGUAAACCCAUUUCCGUCACUCUCUCUCCCUCGCUCUCUUCUGCAGAACAAGCACAAACCACCAUUUCCCAAACCCUAACCAGAACUCCAAGAUUCCUUCAAUGGCGAUCGCAUCUCCGUCCGCUCCAAGCUUCUCCGCCUCCUUCUGCCGUACUCGCACCGAGACACCCUCAACCUUCACUCGCAUCCCGUCCAUUUUCACUCACCGAGCCAAGCCUCGCCCACUCACUCGCCGACUCGCCCUCAGCGCUCGGUUCAACAAGUCCACUUCUUCCGAUGCCGGAGGCUCAGUCUCGCCGGACAACGGUGAGCCGGAAAACGGUGAACCGGACGACAGUGAACUUCAGUACGAGCUCUUUCACGGCUUAUCGCCCCAGCGUUGUCGGAAAGGAUCCCCGGUGUUCGUCACGCUACCUUUGGACACCGUCGGCCCACUGGGUCUGCUGCGAAGGCCCAGGGCUAUGGUUCAGUCGCUUAAGGCCCUCGCGGCGGCCGGAGUCGAAGGCGUGGUCAUGGAGGUGUGGUGGGGCCUGGUGGAGAGGGAUCAGCCUAUGCUUUACAAUUGGGAAGGCUACUUGGAGAUCGUCGCUUUGGCUCGACGCUGCGGAUUGAAGGUUCGUGCCGUCUUGGCGUUUCAUCAGUGUGGCACUGGGCCGGAGGACCCUCAUUGGAUUCCUCUUCCUCUGUGGGUACUUGACGAGAUUGAUAAAGAUCCAGAUUUAGCAUAUUCUGACAGAUUUGGAAGAAGAAAUAUGGAAUACGUUUCACUCGGGUGUGAUAUGCUUCCUGUUUUGCUGGGACGUUCACCUCUCCAAGCAUAUGCAGAUUUUAUGAGGAACUUCAGAGACACUUUUAGGCCUUUUCUUGGUGUUGUCAUAACACGCAUUCAAGUUGGGAUGGGUCCUGCUGGUGAAUUAAGAUACCCUUCUUGUCCUACCCAGAAACUAACAUGGGCUUGGCGAUCUCGUGAGCUUGGAGAGUUUCAGUGCUAUGACAAGUAUAUGCUUGCGUCUCUCAAUGCAUGUGCAAGAGCCAUUGGGAUGCCUGAAUGGGGAAAUGGGGGCCCUAUUGGUGCAGGCAAUUUGAUGCAGAAUCUUGAACAGACAGAUUUCUUCAAAAGUCAUCAUGGAUCCUGGACUACACCAUAUGGUAAUUUUUUUCUUGAAUGGUACUCAGGAAUGCUGCUUCUGCAUGGCGAAAGGAUAUGCAGGGAGGCUGAGACCAUUUUCCGGGGCACAGAAGCUAGUACGUCAGUAAAAGUAGCUGGGAUCCACUGGCAUUAUCGCACUCAGUCUCAUCCGUCAGAGAUAACAGCUGGCUAUUACAAUACUAGACUAAGAGAUGGAUAUUUACCAAUUGCUCGCAUGUUGGCUAAGUAUGGAUUUACUUUGUGCUGCUCAUGUUUUGAAUUGCAAGAUCUGGAAGAACAACGGAUGAAUCCAGUCGGUAGCCCAGAAGGCCUUCUCAGACAGCUGCUCUCAGCUGCUCGGGUGUGUGAUAUACCCCUAGAAGGUGAAACUUCUACAACCAGUUUGGACCAUCAAUCGUUUCAACAGGUGGUAAGGAUGUCAAAGUUUUACUCAUAUGGUCUAGAGAAGCCCUCUUUUUCGUUCAACUUUGUGAGGAUGGACAAGAAGAUGUUUGAAUAUCAUAACUGGAUUCGUUUCAAUCGUUUUGUGAGGCAAAUGUCUGAUGCCAAUGCUUUUCGAGCCAAGUUAGAGGUUGAUGCAAUGCCUGAUACACGUCGGUCUCCCACUUCCAUUUCGGACGUUGCAAAAUUUGGAAUGGGUUCAACAUAUUGUUAGGAAUCAAACAUUCCCUGCUUACACAGAGUUCAUAACAGGUGGUUAUAUUCUUACAUCCCCGUCGCCCAUUUGAUGUGAAUACGUACAUAACAUGAUUGCCUCUGAUCUACUACUGCUGUGAGAUGUGUAGUCGUAAGUAAUGCCUCGUUUUUUCUGUCGACGAUUCUCAUAAGCAUCUUCUUCUGCAGAGAGUUAUUACAAUGUGUUGUAAAUUUGUAAUACAUCAUCGCCUUCCUCAUAUUUUUAGAAUGGUUGGCUUAUCCUCAACUGUAGUUGUAAUUCAAAAAUUAAAAAUAAAAAACAUAUUAUCUUCU